UCCCGAGUGCUUCGAUUAAGGCAGUUUCGGCCAGGCUCAUUGAAAUGACUCUAUCUCUGGGAUUACCUAGGAACUUGACACCUUAGGUGAGCGUAGCCUGCGCGACCUUCACACAGGUAAGAUCGCGCCCCGAACUAGCCGGGACUCCUUGACCCCCUGACCCGCGCGCGGCCUCGGCGCCCCCUCCCCCACCACGGUCCCUGGGUUGCCUGCCGGGGCGCGGGAGGCGGAGGAAGCGGGCAGGCGAUGGCGGCCGGCCGCGGAGAGCGCGGGGGCGCCUGAUUCCUCAAACUCCGGAGGAGCUGAGCGGAGUGGGAGGACGCUUGACUUUUACCCAUCCCGUGCCUGUCUCGUCCUUAACGGUCUCUGAGAACCCGACAUAGAAUACAGCAAACUAUCCAAUCCAAUACAUGUUAAAUGUGCAAUUCUUCUAUACAUAUUUCCACAUUUAUCAUGCUGCACAAGAAAAAUGAGAUCAAAAAGGGAAAAAAAUGAGAAGAAAAAAACAAGCAAGCAAGCAAACAACAAAAAAGGAGAAACAAUUGCAGAACUUACAGAUGUAACCAGUUUAAAUAAUGCAGAAUGUGAUGGGCAGAUAACAAUUUUUACAGACAAAACAGGGGUCAUAAAAGCUGCAAGAUUACUUCUUUCUUCCGUGACAAAAGUGCUGUUAUUGGCAGACCGAAUAGUCAUUAAACAAAUAAUAACUUCAAGAAAUAAGGUCCUUGCAACUAUGGAACAACUGGAGAGUGUGGGGAGUUUUCAGGAAUUUGUGCAAAUAUUCAGUCAGUUUGGAAAUGAAAUGGUAGAGUUUGCACACUUGACUGGAGAUAGACAAAAUGAUUUGAAAGAUGAAAAGAAAAAGGCAGAAAUGGCAGCAGCUCGGGCAGUUCUUGAGAAAUGUACUAUGAUGCUUCUCACAGCUUCAAAGACAUGUCUUAGGCAUCCCAAUUGUGAAUCAGCUCGUAAAAAUAAAGGGGGAGUAUUUCACCGAAUGAAACUGGCUUUAGAACAAGUAAUUGAAAUUGUAACAGAUUGCAGACCAAAUGGAGAAAAUGAAAUAUCAUCUAUCAGUAUAUAUGCUGGCAUAAAAGAAUUUAAGAUGACUAUUGAAGCCCUUCGAGAGAAUCUUUAUUUUCAGUCAAAGGAAAAUCUUUCAACAAUGUUGAAAUUUAUCUUGGAACAUACAGAGGAUUUUACUGAUUCUGCCUACACUAGCCAUGAACACAGAGAAUGCAUUUUGGAACUAUCAAACCAAAUUAAAAUUGAAUUGCAGCACCUGGUUUCUGUGUGGAUGCAAGCACAAAGCAAGAAGACAAAGAAUAUCAUGGAAGAUCUGGAACUAGCUAUAUUAAAAAUAAGCCAGAGCAUAAAUGAGUUUAAAAGAGAGCUCCACAGCGCAGCAACAUUGCUUGCAACAGAUCUUCUAAAGCACCAUGCAGAUCAUGGGAUUUUGAAAGCAUUAAAAAUUACUGGAGUAGAAGGAAACUUAGAAGCUUUGGCAGAAUAUGCCUGUAAGCUAUCUGAACAGAAAGAACAGCUUAUUGAGACUUGUCGAUUGUUGAGACACAUAUCAGGGACAGAACCCCUUGAAAUUACUUGUAUGCAUGCAGAAGAAACAUUUCAGGUUACUGGGCAACAGAUAAUUUCAGCUGCUGAAACCUUGACAUUACAUCCAUCCAGCAAGAUUGCUAAAGAAAAUCUAGAUGUAUUUUGUGAAGCUUGGGAAUCUCAGAUUAGUGACAUGUCAACAUUACUAAGAGAAAUAAAUGAUGUAUUUGAAGGAAAAAGAGGAGAGAAGCGUGCCUACCUUUCACUUCCAAAGCCAGUGAAGAAUAAUACAAACUUGAAGCCAUUUAAGCCAACCAAACUUGAUUCUGAGGAACAAGCAAAAAUAGCAAAACUGGGACUUAAGCUUCGUUUACUUACAUCAGAUGUAAACUGUGAAAUUGAAAAAUGGAAGAACCAGGAGAACGAAAUUGUUCGACAUGGGCAGAACAUGUCCAGCAUGGCCUAUUCCAUAUACUUAUUUACUAGGGGGGAAGGGCUGUUGAAGAGUACUCAGGAUUUAAUUUAUCAAAUAGAGGUUUUUGCUACAGAGGGCUUAAAACUUGCUUCAGUUCUGCAAGGUUUCUCAAAACAGCUGAAAGAUGAUGACAAGCUUUUACUUUUACUGGAAAUAAACAAGCUGAUUCCUCUGUGCCAGCAGCUCCAACUGACAGCUAAGGCCCCUAUUCAGAAUAAAAUAUUUACAAAGGUUGACAAAUGUAUUCUAAAAACAAGAUUUGUCCUGACGACAUUGACCCAGCUUCUCCCAGUCUGCUAUAAAUUGAUGCAUAAGUGCAAAUCAGAAAAUGAUUGUAUAAAUUCUCUUCAACCCUGGAUGGAAAGCAGAUGGCAAACAGUUACAACUAAAGACAAUAUGGAUGAAAAAACUGUAGAAGCUUUUGGGGUCAGAUCUCUGGAACAUAACAUAGCAAACCUGACAUUUUUAGAAAGCAAAUAAUCUGGAUUCUUUCCUUAAUUAAGCGUUUUUCUUCUUCCUAUUAAGAUUUCAUAUUGUUAAAUUCAUUGUGACAAUUCUUAGCAUUUAAUAAAUGCCAUGGUAGUUUUCAAAACUUUUAAACUGCAGUGUGAUUUUAUAAUGGGCAUGUGUAUAAUACUUAUUUAAAAACCAGAACCAUUUAUCCAGAAUGUCUUAAUGAAUCUUCGAAUCCAAAGAAACAGCUAUGAAAAUGUUCUUGAGAACCUCUAACAUAUGUUGGUUAUGUUCUGCUUACAUGUUUGCAGUUUUUAGUACCAUAGUAAAUGUUUUUGAAGCAGUUUCAUUUCCAAAAAAUUUCUCAUUGCUUUGUAGUAUCUUAAAUCUCUACAAAUCCUUUAUUUUGGAAUAUGUCUAUCUGAUUAUUAAAUCAAUGUUUACGGGUAUCAUUUAAUGGAAUAAAUGUGUUUCAACUGAA